CGGCCAGUAGUGCCGUGCGCAAAGCAUCUUUUUAGAGAAUAGGCUCGCCGACUUGUGAAUUCAUUCGUUGGCGUACCUUUCGAGCAAGCUGCAUCGCGUUUCCUCGAUUUCAUAAACGAAGGAAGAAGGUGGAAAAUGAGCAGUACAGUAUGUUACAGAUGUAACGAGACGGGUCACUUUGCCCGUGAAUGUAGCCAAGGCGGAGGCGGUGGUGGAGGUUACGGAAGCUUCGGCGGAGGCUUCGGGAGUGGGUCACGCGGAGGACGUGGUGGCCCACGUGGUAGUGGUGGAGGCGGCUUUGGCCGUAGUGAAAAUGCAGGCGGCUUCGGCCGUGGUGAGUCAUCAUGCUACAACUGCAACAAACCGGGUCACAUUGCUCGCGAUUGUCCCGAAUCGGGAUCAAAGACGUGCUACAAUUGCGGCAAGAACGGUCACAUUUCUCGUGAAUGUGACGCCCCUGAUAACCGCGGAAGCGGUGGCGGUGGCAACUAUGGUGGACGAAACCGUGAUUGCUACAGCUGCGGUAAAUCUGGACACAUUUCUCGUGACUGCCCCGAUGGUGGCAGUGGAGGCCGAGGUGGUGGCGGCGGAUAUGGAGGUGGAGAUCGUAAAUGUUACGGAUGCGGAAAUGUUGGCCACAUUUCUCGAGAUUGUCCGAACAAUCGCGGAGGGGAUCACGACGACGAAGCCAACUAUCGUUAAUCGGUCGAAAUUUUUUUCCGGACCCCCGGUAUCGAGAUGUCAUGUAAUCCCCCUGAUUGGUGGUUUUUUUUUCAUCCUUCAUUGCUGUAUCGAAAAUCGCAUCACGAACUGGUUUAUUAAGUACACGGUGGUAAUAAAAGUA